AAUCGUCAAGAGCAAGAGAACAGAGUGUCUCCUUGCUUUUGAGAAAUAAAAUAAAAUAUAUAAAUAAAAAUAUUUGUUAGGAAAGGGUUAAUUAAUUAAUAAACAAAAAAAAAUGGAGGGGAAAAUGAUGUUGACGGCGUUGCUGUGUAUAGCGACGGUGGCGGUGGUGAACGCCGGCGAUCCCUACUUCUUCUACACGUGGAACGUAUCGUACGGAAACGCAGCCCCUCUAGGGGUCCCACAGAAGGUUAUCCUUAUCAACGGUCAGUUCCCCGGCCCUAACAUCAACUCCACUUCCAACAACAACAUCGUCAUCAACGUCUUCAACAACCUCGACGAGCCCUUCCUCCUCCACUGGAGCGGGAUCCAGCACAGGAAGAACUGCUGGCAAGAUGGGUUGCCUGGAACGACAUGCCCGAUAAUGCCGGGACAGAACUUCACUUACCACUUCCAGCCCAAGGACCAGAUCGGUAGCUACUUCUACUACCCUUCCACCUCCCUCCACCGUUUCGCCGGCGGGUUCGGCGGCCUACGUGUCAACAGCCGUCUCCUCAUCCCGGUCCCUUACGCCGACCCGGAGGACGACUACACCGUCCUCAUCAACGAUUGGUACACCAAGUCCCACACCUCCAUCAAGAACCUCCUCGACAGUGGCCGUGCUCUCGGCUCACCCGACGGUGUCCUCAUCAACGGAAAGUCUGCCAAGAUGGACGGCAAGGACCAGCCCCUUUUCACGAUGAAGCCCGGUAAGACCUACAAAUUCAGAAUCUGCAACGUCGGGUUCAAGUCCACUCUUAACUUCAGGAUCCAGAACCACAAGAUGAAGCUCGUCGAGAUGGAGGGCUCUCACGUUCUCCAGAACGACUACGACUCUCUCGAUGUCCACGUCGGCCAGUGCUUUGCUGUGCUCGUCACCGCUGAUCAGGCUGCCAAGGAUUACUACAUGGUUGCGUCCACUAGGUUCCUCAAGAAGGAGAUGACCAGUACCGGUGUGCUCCGUUACGUAGGUGGCUCGGCCCAGGCUUCCACCGUGCUCCCCAAGGCUCCAGUUGGCUGGGCAUGGUCUCUCAACCAGUUCAGGUCCUUUAGGUGGAACCUCACCGCCAGUGCAGCCAGGCCUAACCCUCAGGGCUCGUACCACUACGGAAAGAUUAACAUCACCCGCACCAUCAAGCUCGUCAACUCCCAACAGGUUGUGAACGGGAAGCUCAAGUUUGGCCUCAACGGCGUCUCGCACAUCGACACCGAGACUCCCUUGAAGUUGGCUGAGUACUUCCAGAUGGCCGAGAAGGUCUUCAAGUACAAUGUCAUCAAGGACGAGCCUGGAGCCAUGAUCAAACAAUUGACCGUCGAGCCCAAUGUCCUCAACAUCACCUUCCGUACCUUUGUGGAGGUCAUCUUCGAGAAUCGCGAGAAGAGCAUGCAAUCUUACCACUUGGACGGUUACUCCUUCUUCGCUGUCGCGACCGAGCCGGGGAGGUGGACACCUGCAAAGAGAGAGAACUACAACUUGCUCGAUGCAGUAAGCAGACACACAGUGCAAGUGUACCCGAAGUCGUGGUCAGCAAUCCUACUGACCUUUGACAACGCCGGAAUGUGGAACAUAAGGUCGGAGAACUGGGAGAGGAGGUACCUGGGUCAGCAGAUGUACGUCAGCGUUCUCUCCCCCGAGAAAUCGCUGAGGGACGAGUACAACAUCCCCCUCAACGCUGGCCUCUGCGGUAUCGUCAAGGGCCUGUCCAAGCCUAUAAUUUACAGCUAAAAAAACUCCCUCUUCCACAAAUGGGGAUUGUUACCAUGACUCUGUACUAAUUAACCCUUUCCUUAAUCUAAGUAUGUUUUUCCCUACUUCCACCUCUAUCUUACUGUCUGGAAACUGCAAUGUUCCAAUUCAUUUUCAAUCUAAUGGCUAAAUACUACAUCUAUGUACAUCUCACAAUGAACAAGUUCUUGUCUUGCA